AUGGCAAAGCCAGUCGUCUUCGUCCUCGACCCCUACCACGAGGACGCCGUGGCCCUCCUCCAGUCCACAGAAUGGGUCGACCUCGUCCUCCCGUCUGACCCGCGCCGGGCCUCCUGGCACCGCGACGCCGACGGCGUCAUCCUGCGCUCCGAGACGCGCCUGACGGCCGACGACUUCGCGGCCGCCGCGAAGCUCCGCAUCGUCGUGAAGCAGGGCGUCGGCGUCGACAACAUCGACCUCGACGCCGCGCGCCGCGCCGGGGUCGCCGUGCACAACACGCCCGCCCUCAACAGCGAGGCCGUCGCCGAGUUCUCCCUGGCCCUGGCCUUCUCCCUCGCGCGCCGCGUGGCCGAGGUCGACCGCCGCGUGCGCGCGGGCGAGGCCGUCAGGCGCAGCGAGACGCUGGGCCUCAGCCUGUUCCGCAAGACGGUCGGCGUCGUGGGCAUGGGCAACAUCGGUCGUGUGGCGGCACGCAAGUGGAUCGGCGCGUGCGAGGCCAGCGUCGUCGGGUACGACCCUGUCGCGCCGGCGGACGCGUGGUCGGACCUGCCGCACCGGCGGGUGGCGACGCUGCCGGAGCUGCUGGAGGUAUCGGACGUGGUCACGCUUCACGUACCGCUGCUGCCGUCUACGAGGGGCAUGAUUGGCGCCAAGGAGCUGGCGGCCAUGAAGGACAAUGCCAUCUUGGUCAACGCGGCGAGGGGAGGGGUCGUUGACGAGAAGGCACUACUGGAGGAGCUCAAGAAGGGGCGGCUCUGGGGUGCAGUACUGGAUGCUAUGGAGGUCGAGCCUCCCACGCUAGAGGCCUACGGAGAUGGACUACUCGCGAUGGAUAAUGUCAUCAUGACGCCUCACAUCGGUGCAUCAACGAGGGAAAACCAAAGCAACAGCGGCAUUGCGGUGGUCAAGACUCUGCUGGCAGUCUUGGAGGGCAAGGCAGAUGUACCUGGAAAGCUUGUUUGA